AGAUCUAUUUGUAGAUUUUGAUAUCAACAGGUGGUUUAUAUUAUAUUUGAAUAUUAUUCCCAGUGUAGAUUAAAACAUACCCAUAGAAAUGGAAAAUGACUCUCUCGCACCCGAAGUCUGCUUCGGGUUGAAACCCGAUGAACCACAGGGUGACUUUGGGAGAGCGAAUGCCUACAGGGUGAUGCUGACGGGGGGUGGCGGGAAACUUGAAAAGGCACUGGUUUUUCGUAUAAUGUAAACUCUAUAAAGCUGUCCGAUUCCGAAUCCGACGGGCACCAACGUUGAGUGUUUUUUUGAGUGUCGAGUUGUGCAGACCUACAAAAAGUUGCUGCCGGCGCGGUACUACGUCUGUUUCUCAUAUCUGUUUGAUUAACCGUCCAGACCGCCGAUUCUGAACCCCAACCAACUGGGCUAUCUAACUUAUUGGCUGCAUUCCGGCAAAGAACAAGAUCGAAGAGCUAAUAGCCAAUAAAAUAAAUGUUUACCUCAAGCGACGACGCGAAACUUGUGGCUUUUAGUGCGGCGGCGAAGAAUAGUGGUUCCUGAUCGUGUGCUCUUUUUCUGGAUCGUUUUCGUGUUCCUGAUCUCGUUCUUGUUCUAUUCCAAUUGGAAGAGUUCGAUCGGGCCAAAAAUAUUCUUUAUUAAUCGGUGAUAUUCGUCGUCGUGUCUGUUGUCACAGCGAAAAAUUAUUCAACGCAAUCAGCAGCAGCAGCAGCAGAAGCAGCAACAGUGACCGAGUUUGGUUCAUAAAACAUAAAAAUUACCCUCCAACAGCAAACACACAUGGAUAUAUAGUCGUAUAUAUAUAUGGACAAAUAUAUAUAUUUAAAAUUCGAAACAAGACGCGAAAGGCAAGGCAAACAAACAAGCAAAACAAAAGUCGAGUGAAAAGUGCCUUCUUCUUACGAUCUGAGUGUGCUGCCUUUGCCCGAAAUUCUUGAAUCGACGGUGACUGUUUCUGUUACCUGAGUUUCUCACCUGAGCUCAUACCUCUGCACCCUUGCAGCCGGCAAUAAGACCCUUCAAAGAUCCACUCUACCUAUCGCCUGUGAGCAAAACAGAAACCAAAAAGGACAACAUGGCUAUGCAGCGGGAAGCAGGAGUACAGGACUUUGUCCUUUUGGAUCAUGUCUCAAUGGAGAAAUUCAUGGAUAAUUUACGAAAAAGAUUCCAGGUCGGAUCCAUCUACACAUACAUCGGCGAGGUGUGCGUCUCCAUGAAUCCGUACAAACAGAUGAACAUCUACGGCCCGGAGACGAUCCGCAAGUACAAGGGCCGGGAGCUGUUCGAGAAUGCGCCCCACGUCUUUGCUAUCGCCGACGCCGCCUACAGGGUGCUCAAGCAGCGCCAUCAGGACACCUGCAUCCUGAUCUCAGGCGAAUCUGGUGCCGGAAAAACCGAGGCUUCCAAGAUCAUCAUGAAGUACAUCGCUGCAGUGACGAACACCCAAGGUCAAAAUGAAAUUGAACGAGUUAAGAACGUUCUCAUCCAGAGCAAUGCUAUCCUGGAGACAUUCGGAAAUGCCAAAACAAAUCGCAACGACAACUCCAGCCGAUUCGGCAAGUACAUGGACAUCGAGUUCGACUACAAGGCUGACCCGGUGGGUGGCAUCAUAACGAACUACCUCCUGGAGAAGUCGCGAGUGGUGCAGCAGCAACCUGGCGAACGGAAUUUCCACAGUUUCUAUCAGCUACUGCGUGGAGCCAACGACAACGAGCUGCGACAAUAUGAGUUGCAGAAGGAGACCGGCAAGUACCAUUACCUUAACCAGGGCAGCAUGGACAUCCUGACGGAAAAGUCCGACUACAAGGGCACCUGCAACGCCUUUAAGACUCUGGGAUUCUCCACGGACGAAGUGCAAACUAUUUGGCGAACAGUGGCGGCCAUUCUGCAUCUCGGAAAUGUAGAGUUCCAAACCAUUGAGGACGAGCUGGUUAUCAGCAACAAGCAGCACUUGCAGUCCACAGCCAGGUUGCUUCAGGUCACAGAAUCCGAUCUGUCGACCGCCUUGACCAAACGCGUCAUUGCUGCUGGUGGAAAUGUUAUGCAGAAGGAUCACAAUGCCACCCAGGCAGAGUACGGCAAGGAUGCCCUGGCCAAGGCCAUCUACGACCGCCUCUUCACCUGGAUCAUCUCCCGCAUCAACCGGGCGAUCCUCUUCCGGGGCAGCAAGACCCAGGCCAGGUUCAACUCUGUCAUCGGUGUGCUGGACAUCUACGGUUUCGAGAUCUUUGACUCCAACAGCUUUGAGCAGUUUUGCAUUAAUUAUUGCAAUGAGAAAUUGCAGCAGUUGUUUAUUGAACUGGUGCUGAAGCAGGAGCAGGAGGAGUACCAACGUGAGGGCAUUGAGUGGACCAACAUUGACUACUUCAACAACAAGAUAAUUUGCGAUCUGGUGGAGCAACCCCACAAGGGCAUCAUCGCCAUUAUGGACGAGGCCUGCCUGAGCGUGGGCAAGGUCACCGAUGACACGCUGCUGGGGGCCAUGGACAAGAACCUGAGCAAGCAUCCCCACUAUACCAGUCGCCAGCUGAAGCCCACCGACAAGGAGCUGAAGCAUCGCGAGGACUUCCGCAUCACUCACUACGCCGGCGAUGUCAUCUACAACAUUAACGGUUUCAUUGAGAAGAACAAGGACACUUUGUACCAGGACUUCAAGCGCCUGCUGCACAACUCAAAGGACGCCAACCUCAGUGAAAUGUGGCCCGAGGGAGCCCAGGACAUCAAGAAGACCACAAAGAGGCCACUGACGGCCGGUACCUUGUUCCAGCGAUCCAUGGCCGAUCUGGUGGUCACGCUGCUGAAGAAGGAACCCUUCUAUGUGCGGUGCAUCAAGCCCAACGACAUCAAGAGCUCGACGGUGUUCGACGAGGAGCGUGUGGAGCACCAGGUACGCUACUUGGGUCUGCUGGAGAAUGUGCGAGUGCGUCGCGCCGGAUUCGUGCAUCGCCAGCGCUACGAUAAGUUCCUGCUGCGCUACAAAAUGAUCUCGCAAUACACGUGGCCCAACUUCCGGGCCGGUAGCGAUCGCGACGGUGUCCGGGUUCUGAUCGAGGAGAAGAAAUUCGCGCAGGACGUCAAGUAUGGACACACCAAGAUCUUCAUCCGGUCCCCGCGCACUCUGUUCGCCUUGGAGCAGCAGCGCAACGAGAUGAUCCCACAAAUUGUCACCCUGCUGCAGAAACGGGUCCGUGGCUGGAUCGCUCGCAAGAACUACAAAAAGAUGAAGGCCGCCAUGGCCAUUAUGCGGGCCUACAAGACCUACAAGCUGCGCAGCUACGUCCAGGAGCUGGCCAAUCGCUUCCGCAAUGCCAAGCAGAUGCGCGACUACGGCAAGAGCAUCCAGUGGCCACAGCCUCCGCUGGCUGGAAGGAAGGCCGAGGCCAAGCUCCAUCGCAUGUUCGACUUCUGGCGGGCCUACAUGAUCCUGAAGAAGUAUCCGCGCAGCGAGUGGCCCCAAUUGCGGCUCCAGAUCGUUGCUGCCACCGCCCUGGCUGGACGUCGCCCGUACUGGGGCCAGCAGAGGCGCUGGCUGGGCGACUACCUGGCCAACUCGCAGGAUAACAGCGGCUACGAUGCCUACACCACCAAUAUCCGCAACAUGAAGAACGCACUGGCCGGAAAGAAGGAUGCCGAGUCCUUCCGCCAGGUCCUCUUCUCCGGAUUCGUGAAAAAGUUCAACCAGCACAACAAGCAGGCGGAUCGUGCCUUCAUCGUCACGGACUCCACCAUAUACAAGCUGGAUGGCAUCAAGAAGAAGUUCCGGGAUUUGGAGCGUUCCAUUGCAAUCCGAGAGUUGACUGCGAUUAGUGUUACACCUGGACGGGAUCAACUGAUUAUCUUCCAUUCGCCCAAAAACAAGGACUUGCUGUUCGCUCUCCAUGGCGAGCACACGACCCUGAAGGAGGACCGCAUUGGAGAACUGGUGGGCAUCGUCUGCAAGAAGUACCAUGACCUAACUGGCACCGAACUCCGAGUGAAUGUCAGCAACACUAUCGCCUGCCGGCUGGACGACAAGCCACGGACCAUUAUCGUGGAGGCAGCUUCGAAUGUGGAGAAUCCCAAUUUCCGUCACAAGGACGGCAGCAUAAUUUUCGAAGUGCCGGCUUCGUAUUGCAUUUGAGAUAGGGAUUGCAACCCCGAGUGUCCUGUAAAUUAUGCAACCUAAUGUUAAGACGAGGCAGAUCGGCCGUGGCAGACCGAUUGAUUUUUAUUAUGUACGUCCAUCGAUCCAACUUUGUGUAUACCGUGCCUUUUGCUAAUAUCCCAUUUUUCUAUUAGUAAUAGUAGUUAGUUUUAUCUGUUCUGUGUGUGUGUCUAAUUGAGACAAAGUGAUUGUAAUUUUGUACAUUUUUCUAUUAUAUAUGCAUUAAGGCGAUAUUUAUUACCAUCCAUGUGGAAGAACGACCUCCGCCGGUUGAUCUGGCAGGCAGAGAACACAACAAAAAGUAUUAUAUGUACUUUGUGCAUUUGUUCGACUAUAAUAUGAUUCACAGCACACGACGACAAACAUUUUGUAUUAAUAUCAAUUGUUUAAUCGACGAAACAACGUUUGUACUUAAAAUUAUGAAACAAACAUACGUGUGCCAUUUGCAAUUAAUAUUUAUAAAAUUUAUAAAAUAUAUGCAAUAAAAUCUGUAAUUUUUGAAAACAAAGUAGUCUGGGUGUUUCCAAAUCUCUGUCUUGCCAAACUAAGCGUUGGAAUAGUCUCAUUACGAAUCGUAUUGUACUCUGAACUGGACAUACAAUAUUGAGUAAUUUUUCGGCAAUAAAAAUAGUACGAAAAUCUGGUUCGGAGAUUCCAAAAUACGUCCCUAUAAUUUUAUAAAUUUCGUAAGAAUUUUCAAAAAAAUAAUACGUUACGUGAUGGAGUCCAACCCGAUGCAGAAUUCGUGGCACGUGGGACUGAGUGGUCCGUCCACUUCCUCCAACCCGAACCUGUAUGACUGGAAGGCCGUAUUGCAAGAGUUAACCAAGAUCGAUACCGAUGCGAUUCCGGCACCAUCCGGUAAAAAAAGUUGUGCUAACAAAAAAAUCAAGAUCCAUCCGAGGGGAAAGCGCCAGACUAACUGCUACAAAUAUGCUCACUAUUUUGCCAGCAAGGGUAUCAAGAAGCUUAAAAUCAAGUUAAAAAAACUAAACAAUCGUACGGAUGCCUUGUCCCAGAAGCUGAAGUGUAUGGAGGUUGCAGCCCAAGCGAAGCUUCUAUAAUUUUUGAAUACCUCGGCGUGCUAAAAAAAUUCACUGUUUUCUUUAGACUCCUAUUCGAAUUGUUUUGUCAAAAAUUGAUUUCAAAAAAACGUUUUUUAAAACUUUCGACGUAAUCGACGCUCUCGUUCUCGAGCGAAUCAAAAUGUAUUGGCACGGACCGAAAUAAAAUGCACAUGGCUCGCCACCGA